GAGCAGCGUAAAGCUCACCCCAAUGGCUCCGAUGCUGCGCCCUCGCUUGGCGUCCGCCGCAGCGCGCGCCGCCUCGCGCGUGCUCACGCGCACUGCGCCUUCGGCUCCAUGGGCUGCAGCCUCCUUCGCGGACCAGGCACUGGGCCCCGUGGCGGGCGAGCCGCAGCGCCGCGUCCAGUACGACUCGCACAUGCCCACGACGCCGCUGCAGAAGAUCGUGCUGUCCGUCACGUCGGCGCUCACCGUGUUCGCGAACCCGGACCGUGGCGACAUGCUGGCCGCGCUGGGAGAGGUCACGGGCCGUGAUGCGCUGCGCCGCAUCCACGCGCGCAUGUGCGCCGACCCCAUGGGCGCGCGCAUCUUGGCCGAGAAGCCCGUGAUCCGCAACGACAAGAUCGACAUGGAGUACCUGCGCGCGCUGCCCGCCGACUCGUUCGGCCGCCACUACGCCACGUUCAUGGAUUCGCACGGCUUCGACGCGGACGGCCGCUCGCUCGUGCGCUUCGUGGACGACCCGGAGCUGGCCUACGUCAUGCAGCGCCACCGCGAGUCGCACGACUUCUGGCACACGCUAUUCGACGUGCCCCCGACGGUGCUGGGCGAGAUCGCGCUCAAGUACGUCGAGAUGGCGCACUCUCAGCUGCCCGUUAGCGCGCUCAGCGCCUUUGUGGGGCCGCUGCGGCUCUCGAGCGAGGAGCGUUGUCUGCUCAUGAAGGUGUAUGUGCCGUGGGCCAGCCGCGCGUCCAAGAAGGCCCAUUCACUGCACUGCGUCAUGUACGAGGAGGAGUUCGAGACGCCCAUUCAGGAGCUGCGUCGACGUCUGAACAUCGAAGUCGCCCCUCCGCUCCCAGACUCGUCGGAGCACUACAAGCGCCACAAGGACGAUUCGCACUGA